AGGCUGUGAGGUAAUGGUGCAGGAGGAGGAAGCUGAAAGAGGAGGAAGAGGAGGAGGAAGAGGGUGGAGAGACAAAAGAGGGGGGAGAGAGAGGAUGAGAGAGAGAAAGGGAGAGAGGUGUGGAUAUAGGAGAGGCUUCACACGGAGCAUUGGCUGCAGACUCUCUUCUGCGCUUCACUCACCGCCUCUGUCGCUUCACAAGCAGCAUCAGGUGCAACCAAUCGUGCGUCAACAUCACCAGACGUUAGAAGGAUCUCAGCUCGCCCGGAGAGUCACAGGUCUGGUGGCUACAUGCUCAGUGGUCUGCAGCUCUGAGAACGAUCAACUCUAACAAUCAGCAGCAACCAUGGAUUUUGUAAUGAAGCAGGCUUUAGGUGGAGCCACCAAAGACAUGGGAAAGAUGCUUGGUGGGGAGGAGGAGAAAGACCCAGAUGCAGCGAAGAAAGAGGAGGAGCGGCAGGAGGCUCUCCGACAGCAGGAGGAGGAGAGAAAGGCCAAACAUGCCCGCAUGGAAGCAGAGAGGGAAAAAGUACGACAGACCAUUAGGGACAAGUACGGUCUGAAGAAGAAGGAGGAGAAGGAGGCGGAGGAGAAAGCAGCCAUGGAGCAGGCCUGCGAAGGGUCAUUGACACGUCCAAAGAAGGCCAUCCCACGAGGCUGUGGGGAUGACGAGGAGGAUGAGGAAAGCAUCCUCGACACUGUCCUUAAGUAUCUGCCUGGACCUUUACAGGACAUGUUCAAGAAGUAGAAGUAAAUACAGAUAACUGAGAUAAAGAACCAACAAACCCUGACUUCAGGGUCCAGUUUGGCCUGAGCUAGGCUAAUGGGCGGAGGGAGGACGGGAAACUUUUAGUUAGGGGAACGUGGGAUGGGUGAAAGUUAGGAGUUAGGAAACGAGGGGGAGAGAGGAGUUGAGUAGAGAAGUUUGGAGGAAUUCUGGGUGCAAAUGUAGUUCAACAUAGAUUUGGGUGAGGGAGGGAGGGGGGUUCUUGCCAAACUGUUAGAGGCUACACACUGCCUUUCUACAAAUCUUGUACUUUCUUUUUCUACUUGUUGACUGUUUUAUCUCUGUCUUCACUGCUGUAAAACCUCUCGACUGCCGACUUUCAGCACAUUUCCUACAAUUACUGCCUUUUCCCCUCUGUCCUGUUCUUGUUAUUAUUUGGAAUUAAUUCAGAUCAGAUGUUGUGAUUGGUUGGUUGGUUCAUCAUACAGUAUGUUGUCAUACAUUGGUGACAAACUGGAGGACAGUAUUUCUUUGAAAAAGAAAAGCAGUGGCUACUUUAACUCUCUACUUUAUCUUCUGUGUUUUUUAAAUUGCAACAUGUUUUUCAGUAGACUUUUCUUUUUUUUAUUUCAAUGUUUUCUACUUUCUUGAACUUGGUGUAGGUAUUUGUACUAAAAAGAGUUUAAAAAAUACAUUAUAUAUAUAUAUAUAUAUUAAUCAGCAUUUGCGUUUUUAGGACACGUGCCUUCAUAUCAUGUCCUCGUACAGAGGAGUUGUAAAUGAGGGUUUCAUUCUGGUCGAACCACCGCUCAGUUGUCGGUAGCAUGUAGGCUAACGUUCAGAGGCUUUUCUUGGCGUUUCCAGAUUUCAAACUGGAACAGAAAUGUUGUUUUGUUUUCAACAACCUUGAGGGUUCUGAUACGUAGCUCAAAUAUGUUUCAGACUAAUCUUUGGGUACAUUCUUCACCAUUCCUACUGUAACAUUCCUCUGUAUUUCCGUUUGUUUAGAAAUGCAAAAAAAGAUGCACAGCAAAACAGUUUUUGCUGAGGAUUUAGAUAGCAGCAGCUUGAAAACGUGUUUUAUGUCUGUGCAUUUUGGCUAACUAGCCUAUUUGGGGCUUUUUGGAAAGUCAAACUAGAAAACCUUUAAAAUUCUGGAGGAUGUGUAUUCAUUACUGUUGUUGCUGGAGGCAGAUUUCUGUUUGGUGUGCAGCCCUUUAAUAAUCUAGAUUAAUUGUUGAAUGAUUUAUGUUGGCCUGUUGGUGCAAAACACAAGUUUACCAAUUGGAGAACAAAGUUCUCUAAAGGUGAAAUUGAUUUUUAAACAAUUAAUAUGUUUUAUGAUAUGUGAAAUAAAAAAAUAGUUUUGUUUGAGGUAAGUUAAAAUAUAUCUAAAAUAUUAAUAUUUUGUUCUUAAAUGUUAAAUGUUGCCGUGAUCUUUUUUUAGAAUUAUUUACUUUGAUUUGCACCAACUGGCCAAACGAAGGUUGUUAUUGAUAAGCUGCAUUAACACGAACCUCAAACAAUUCACUGACUGCGAGCUUCCGAAAUAACUGUUUACUGUAGAAUACAACAUUUAUUUGUCUUUUACACAGACUCCUAGUUUACACUUUCUAAGACUGUCAGCUAGUUCGACUGCCAACUUCUCCAUCACUAAAUUCCGACUCAAAAAAAUUCACCCGUUUUUGUCCCUUACCAGUUUAAAUGGAACUGAUCAUCUCUAAAUGUACACAUGAACAUGACGUCAUAUUUUGAUAGCUUGGUCCCCAUUGACAAUCAGAGCAUUAGCCACAGUAACACUGUUGUAGUCCUCUGUGUGUGCAUGUUGUCAUUUUCCACCAGAAAAUCCAUCCAUGAUUAGUUUACUGUGUGUUCUACAUUACACACUUAUUUAUUGAGUGGGAUUUUAUUUUACUUUAACCAUUAUGCAUAUUUUUCAUCCUUUUUUUAAACAUAAGUGCAAGCACCAAAUAACAUCUGGAUUUACAUUUCUGUGAAUGUGCUGCAGGCACAAUGUGUUCUUUAAGCUAACACUCCUAAGUUUACAAUGAGCGUAGUCUGUUGACAUCGAGACCAAAGAAAUACAGGGAGUCUUUUCCAUUUUGUCACUGGUUAGAUCGACACAUGUCAAUUUUUUUUUUUGGAUUAUUCUAUUUGUGAAUAUGUGAGAACGGUAGCAGAGAGAGGCGCAAUUUUCUGUUUACAAUGUGUACAUACAUUCCAAAGACCACCUCUGAAUUUAAGUAAUACUGAAAGUAUUCAGUCGUUUACCAAGUUUAGAUCUUGUUACUGUAGACUGAGAAAAAAAAAAGAAAAGAAAAAAGGCCUGUGAGCCAUGUCACUGCCUGAAAUGAUCGUGGAAGAUUAUAUUCUCUCACUGCAUCAGACAAAUUCUAUUGUGAUUCAUUCCAUAGCAUUUAACAAAUUUGCUGGAGAAAAAAGCUUAUUAUUAAAACUGUCUUAAUCUGCGGACAUUGUAGUGUGUUCCAGCCAACACAUACGUUAUAACAAAGAACUGGGAAAGAACCACGAUGUUCUAGAUUUAACUAAACUUGUAAGUCAAACAAGCAAUGCUACAUUUAAGUGUAUUACCGUGGUAUGCUAGCCAGUGUGAUAGCAAGCUCUUGUCCGUUAGAUUAAUAUAUACUGAAUUUAAAUCCUACACCUUGUCGUGGUAAUAAGACAUCAAAAAUUAACUUGUUGUGAGACACUAUAUUUGACACAGUUCUACGCCUUUAGUCACACACAAUAUGUAAACAUUUCACUCUACUCUGAGGCAUAAAACACCAAUUUAACACAUUUAAACAAUACCUACUGUAGCUUCAUGCGUGAGACAGCUAAUUUACAUUUUUGGCUGGAUCAUGGCAAGUGCUUCAAUGCAACCUCCAACUGGUAGGAGUGAAAUAAAAAUUAAAAACUGUGUCUUUGUGCAACGGGAACACACUAUACAUUGGUUUAAAAAGCAUGUCUUUCCCCACUAAAAUGAUGCAGUGUCUUGCUGACAGUUAGUUGAAGCAAAAACAUUUAAAUUACAGAUUGUUUCACAAACUUGUUACUUUAAGAGUUAAUGCUAACAGUUAUAUUUUAAUUAUUUAGUAAAUUCGUUUCAAAUGAUUCGUUUCCUUUCUUUGUUUUCAAACUCAGAUAGGACUCUUCACUAGACAAAGCCAUAUUGUUUAGCUCGCAAUAAAUAAAAUGACAAAAAGAGAAUAUGUCAGCAUUAACUGUGUCAUGAUUGUUUUUAUCUUGAAAAAAGAAGAUUGACCUUUCUUUUUGUGAAUCCUCAUCAUUCUUGUAUUUAAAUCAUGUAUACUGAUGUAUACACAAAAGAAAUGUACGUAGAAAGCCAUUGUUAUGAUCGUAUUUGUGUACUACAUGUGCCGUAAAUGAGUGUGUGUUGUGUGUGUGUUUAUAUGUGCGCACGUCUGUCUCUGUGUCUGUGAUGUGAUACCAUGUCGUCAAAGUCCAGUAAUCUCGGUUUACACGAAAUGUUGAUGUGUCUUUUAACCAUUUUGUGCACAGGCAGUAACGAGGGCAGCUGCCCUGUUGUGCCAUGUAAAAGAAAAUGAUAAUACUUAACACAUUCCUUUAACAAGAUGUUGAGCAUGCAUAUGUUUGAUAGAAAAAGAGAAUAGUUCCACAUAGGAAGAAAGAGAAGUGAUUGUUUCUGUGCUAGUCUCCAGGCAACUGAACCUGUGUUCUGUGGAUCCAGUUUGAUGAGCUCUUUUUUUUUAGUGAAGGAUUUCAAUGAAGGUUUGUUCAAAAUCGAGGCCACGUUGAUACAGGAAUUUGUUAUUCUGCAGAAACAUCAAGGUUGAACACGACAGCUACUUAAUGCAGUUAAAGUGAGAGAUAUUAUGGUGUAACGUAGCAUAAUAAGAGUAAUCACUGAACGAACGAGGACCACCAAGAACAUACUGACGCCGUGUUGACUUUGAUAUAAAGAAUGAUGAUGGAUUGGUUUAAUGACUGAUUCCAUCAUAAAAACGACUGUAAUCCAGCUACUUGUGCUAGCAGAAUGAAUUAUCCUACUUUGAUUUUAUAAACUAAUGACAUUCAGUUUUAAUUAAAAACAUUGUUGAGACUUGAAAAUGGAAAAUGGGAGAUGUGCAAUCUAAUAGAAUUUAAUAUAGUUUAUUUACUACUAUUUUUUUUUCAGUAACGUAUAGUCCGUCAUGUCAAGUUUCAUGUUUUUUUGUCUCAGAGACUAACCUCCGGAUAGACUUGUUUCAGUGUUGCAAACCAAGUGUCAUUAUGCGAAAAUCUAGCCUUAAGUUGUUUCAUCAGCUGAGGCUAUGUGUGUGCAGAAGUUUACUUAAGGUUUGUCUCCCCCUGCAGGCAACAAAAGAAAACGUAGGUACAUAAGUCCUAACAAAGACCAUUCAUAGGCCGCUCACCGCAGCUUCAGCCACACAUACUGUGUUUGUAAAACAGUCUCUUAACAAGACUCGUCUCAAGGCGUCCCGUCAGGUGAACUGCCUUAGAAAAGGGCUAUUAUCUGUUCGUGAGGUUAGCACUAAAUGGUGGGUCGCGUCUGUGCUCAUCCCAGUUUGAUGUGUUUGGCUGAUUCAUACUGGUUGCAUGAGAUCCUUUGGUUUGUAGAGUGUUGUGUUAUUUUAGCGGAAAGUUACAAACAGUUAUUGUUAAGGUAAAUAUGUUAUAAAAGAAAAGAGAUUCAUUAGUUUAGGUGCUAGAAACAGAAGUGCUAGCUAUUAGCUAUAGAUCCAGGGUUAUAAUCCAGACUUCAAAUAACUGAUUACAGUUAGUCACUCAGUCAGUCAGUCAGCCAGGUAGUUAGUUAGUUAGGUUACUAGGUUAGGUUAGUUAGUUUGGUGACAUGGUUAAAUGGUUCCUGAAACUAAACCAUGACACUAACAAAGUCUUAGCUUUGAUAUAUUCUCUGAGGUCGUAACCAUUUUACGACCUCAGAGUGGUCUUGAUUGCAACUCUGGAAAUAUAUAGAUUGUAUAUUUUUCUAAUAAGAAGGUUGAUUUCGAUUUAGCCGUGAAGGAUGUAAACAGCAGCAACACUCCUUGGUUAUAACUGUAAAUUAAACCAUUGAUUCAUUCGUCUAGUAUAUAAGACGGAGGUGGAUAAAUGGGUGCUAGAAAAUAGCUAGCAGUUCCAUUAAUUAGCUUUCAGAAACAGCGUUUAGGGAAAAUUAUAUCCAGUCUCAAUUAAUAUAUGUUGGUGGUCUCUAAUCGUUAGGUGACUUGAGCGAGAAUGACAUCAGUUUUGUCUAAAAUCACACACAGAGCUGUUAGCAACAGGAGAAUGGUCGGAGGUGACGAAUGUAAAAAGUUUAAAUAAUUUUUAAAAAGCGAGAACAUUUAAACUGGAUUUCCAAAACACCGUGUUGUCAGGAGCCCAGAAACAUUUAGAGAUCAAGGAAACACGCAAAGCUCAGAACGAAAACAAAACAUAUACAUAUAUUUAAAUGAAUGAACUCAUCUCCAUUUAUUCUCAUUUUGGUCAUUUUUUUAAAUGAAGUAAUUACAAUAUGUACGGAAUGGAAUAAGCAGAAUGAUAACUAGUGUUAUAUUAGACUAUUUUCGAUUAUCAAGUACAAUGGACAUUUACAUAAAGGUCCUAAUUAGAGCUGAUGUUUGGAUCCAUCCUGAGAGUUCUGCAGAGUAUUAGGUACACACUGACUCUGUCUGCCUAGUACCUGUACUACUACUGUACUCAGUCGACUCAUCCACUACUGUUAGCCUGAAUAUACGAAGUACCUAAAAAAAAGAUGUGUUGAAGCGUCUCUAACAAAUACAAUGCUUUCGACUUCCUUCUUCAUCUCCUGUGACAUUAGAUCACUCACGUUGAUGUCGGAGUAUUUCCGAACUCUACAUCAGUAAUGUAUUCAUGUUAACAUCUCGUCAUUCCUGUCACUGCCAUGCUGAAUCCUGCCAAGAUUUUCUGGAGUGAAAGUUAGCGAAGAAUUGGAGACUUUGUACUUAAAGUCUGAAGCACAACUCAAAACUUUUUAGUGUUUUUGCCGACUGCGCUAUAUACUUUGAAAUGUUAACGUUAAAAUGUUCUGGCAUUCAUACAGAAAUCAACACAACAGAGCUUGAAUCAGUGUUGGUGAAGUGUAACGGUUUGCUGAUGAUGUGACUCUAUUCACAGCAGAGGGAAAGGUGGAAUGGCUGGCAGUGUAAAACAGAAAAUGUAAAGGUAACGGAUAAAUAUAUCUCAGAAUAAAGGGGGAAAAACACCUGAAAAUGGUAUUUAUAAUUCACAUUCCUUUGUCUGAAUCAAGGGAAUCUUUUAUUUUCCAUUCAGGGUAAAAAUUCAUUCAGGGUGUAGAGGUUAAAUAUGUACAAUUGAAUUCAUUUUCUUUGCUUUUUUUUCUAUCUACUGCAUGUCAUGUACUGUGUGUGAAGCCCAGUCACUGUAAACUGUCUCAUCCAUAAUUAGAACUGAAUCAUUCUUUUUUGGAAAUAAACGGACGAGGGUAAUAAAAUGUUUAUAAAAAGCUGACAAGUGUUUUUUUCUAUAUAAAUACUAACUGUGUUCUUUCUCCACCAAAAUGAAUUCAGUUUUCACAUCGGAUGUUGUUAGAUAAUUCGUUAAAUAUCAUCAUUUUUUAUAUUUAAUCAAAAAAAGCAAUACAUAAUCACCUGUAAUUCAAAUUUAGUUUCCUGGUACAAAUUGUCUGAAAAAACAAAUUUGUUUUAAAAAGAACUGGUAAUGAAAAUCCUUGUGAAAAAUCUUGUUUUUUCAUGAGGCUUCGCCACAGCAAAGUUUUUUAAAAUCUGGAUGUUUUUUAUGACGCAACCUCACCUUGGUCGUGUUAUCAAAACUAAGCCUUCUCAUUG